AUGGCGGGCAACUUGAGCAGCGCCCCGGCGCACGCCCAAUCCUCUCUUCCCUCGCUCCCCGCACAUCUCCAGUCCGAUACCCAUCUGACAGCCCACCUGGCCAGUCGAUUCCAUGUUGGUUUACCGACCGCCCACCUCUCCUCCCAGGCAUUGAUCGCUCUCAACACAUACACCUCCGCUACCAAAGGUCCCGAUGGCGCGAAGGAAGGAAGCGCAGCAGGGGAAGCUGAGGACUUGGCCCGUCGGGCCUUCACUCGCUUGGGGGCCCGCGGAGAGAACCAGGCAGUGGUAUUCUUAGGCGAGAGCGGCUCAGGAAAAACGACGCUUCGCUCGCACCUGCUAUCAUCGUUUCUGUCAUUUUCGUCAACUCCACUCUCCUCCAAACUCUCUUAUGCAGCCUUUGUUUUUGACACAUUAACAACGACCAAAUCUGUGACGACGCCCACAGCUUCCAAGGCUGGCCUCUUCCUCGAAUUGCAGUACGAUGGCUCAUCUUCGGUCAAUCCGACCUUGAUUGGUGGUAAGAUCAUCGACUACCGAUUAGAGCGGAGCCGGAUCUCCUCUGUGCCCACAGGUGAACGCAGUUUCCAUGCACUCUACUACCUUCUAGCUGGUACCAGCGCCGCUGAGAAGUCCCAUUUGGGAUUCGACAAUCCCAUCCACAUCAACACUGGGGCAGGCGCAGUGAGCCAUAAACGAUGGCGGUAUCUGGGCCAUCCAACGCAGCUGAAAGUUGGUGUCAAUGACACUGAGGGCUUCCAGCAUUUCAAAACUGCAUUGCGUAAACUCGAGUUCUCCCGUGGUGAGAUAGCCGAAAUUUGCCAGAUUCUGGCUAGUAUUCUCCACAUUGGACAGCUAGAUUUUAUUUCCGGUCAAUCAACUACAACCUAUGCCGAAGAGAGCGGUGGCUACUCCCAUGAAGGUGGUGAAACGGUGACUGUGGUCAAGAAUAAGGAUGUCCUUGCCAAUGUGGCAGCAUUCCUGGGUCUCAGUGUUGAAGCGUUGGAGAACAGUCUGGGUUACAAGACCAAGACUAUCCAUCGUGAGCGUGUGACGGUCAUGCUGGAUCCCAAGGGUGCCCGGCAGAACGCUGAUGCCCUUGCUCGCACCAUCUACUCGCUCUUGGUCACAUACGUUAUUGAAACCGUGAACCAAAAGAUUUGUGCUGCUGAGGACAGCGUAGCCAACACCAUUUCGAUCGUUGAUUUCCCCGGCUUUGCUCAGUCUCCAGCAAGCGGCUCCACCUUGGAUCAACUUCUCAGCAAUGCGGCGACCGAGUCUCUGUACAAUUACUGUCUGCAGUCUUUCUUUGACCGAAAGGCCGAUGUUCUGGACCGCGAAGAGAUCUCAGUCGCUGCCACAAGUUACUUUGACAACACUGAUACCGUGCGCGGGCUUUUGAAGCAUGGUAAUGGAUUGCUGAGUAUUCUAGAUGAUCAGACCCGUCGCGGCCGAUCGGAUGGCCAAUUCCUUGAAAGCGUUCGCAGGCGAUUCGAGAACAAGAACCCAGCAAUUUCCGUGAGCGAUUCCACCACAGCUGGCUACAUGUCACAAGCCCGGAGUGCAUUUACAGUCAAGCAUUUCGCUGGUGAGGUGGACUACUCGACCGUCGGCCUGAUCGAGGAGAACGGCGAAGUGAUUUCGGGAGACCUGAUGAAUCUUAUGCAGUCAACUCGGAGUGACUUUGUUCGCGAGCUAUUUGGGCAAGAAGCGUUGCAGACUGUCUCCCACCCCCGGGAGAGGACAACCAUUAUGCAAGCUCAAGUCUCCUCGAAGCCCCUCCGGAUGCCUAGUAUGGCCAGGCGCAAGAUCAACCAGCAGGCACGUCUUGCAGCUUCCGAUAAUGUUUUUGGUGCCGACAAUGAAGAGGUCGGGGAUAACGAUAGCCAAGAAACGAGUUCUAAGCGCGGAGCGGCCAGCCGAAAGGGCAAUUCAACUCAAGGAGCGGCUGGCCAGUUCCUGUCAGGGCUGGAGAUUAUUAACAAGAGUUUGAGUUCACCGAACUUGAACCCCUACUUUGUGAUCUGCCUCAAGCCUAACGAUCGCCGCAUUGCGAAUCAAUUCGACAGCAAAUGCGUGAGGAUGCAAGUUCAAACCUUUGGCAUCGCAGAGAUCAGCCAACGCUUGAGAAAUUCCGACUUCAGCGUUUUUCUUCCAUUUGCUGAAUUCUUGGGAUUGGCCGAAAUUGGCAAUGUUGUUGUCGGGAGCGACAAAGAAAAGUCGGAAGUUGUGUUGGACGAACGUCGAUGGCCUGGCAACGAAGCUCGCGUAGGUAGCACUGGUGUCUUCUUGAGCGAGCGAUGCUGGGCAGACCUUGCCAAGGUCGGGGAACGUGUUGUUCCUUCGCAUAACUUUGCAGGCGCCGAUUCAGGUGAAGGCGCAUUCAAUACUGCCGGGGGCAAUCCAGACUCCAAGGUCCGUCUCCUCAAUCCAAAUGAUCAGUCUCCUGGUGCCUUCAUCUACGGAGACGAAGCGAAGCAAGGCUACUUUGGAAGUCGUGAAUUGGAUGGUCGUUCCGACGCUGGAGGUUCCGCUUUCAACUCUGGCGACAUGUUCCGAAACCUGGAAACCCGAGAGCAAAUGUUGCAGAAGGGUAACGAGAAGACUAUGGAGGAGAUAGACGACGUCCCUGUGUCAGGCUCUCGCAAACGCUGGAUGUUCCUGGUCUACAUGCUCACCUUCUUCAUCCCCGACUUUGUCAUCAGGUUGGUGGGUCGUAUGAAGCGGAAAGAAGUGCGUACGGCUUGGCGUGAAAAACUGGCGAUCAAUAUGAUCAUUUGGUUCGCAUGCGGUUGUGCUGUCUUCAUGAUUGUUGGUUUCCCUGGACUUGUUUGUCCUACGCAACACGUCUACUCAAAGGGUGAACUCUCAUCCCAUAAUGGUAAAAAGGGUGCAAGCUCCUUUAUUGCCAUCUCCGGUGUUGUAUUCGGUCUUGGCGAGUUCAUGCCUUCGCAUUAUCCCAGCAUUGUUCCGCAAAAGUCUCUCAAGGCUUAUGCCGGCACUGACGCAAGUGAUCUUUUCCCCAUUCAGGUGUCGGCCUUGUGUCAGGGUGUGGACGGUAGUGUGCACCCUAGUGUGCCAUUGGACUAUCGAUCAAACCUGAACACCAGUUCUAGCUCCACAUCCACGGCUACUGGCACUGAUGUUAACUCCAAGUAUCACGACUUCCGAUACUGGGUCACUGGUGACUACCGUCCGGAUUGGUAUUACGAGCAGAUGGUCAUGAUGAGAGCAAGCUACAAGAAAGGCUAUGUGGGCUACACUGCCAGCUAUAUUAAGGAUCUCGCGGACAAUGACGACAAGCAGAUUGUGAGCAUCGAUGGCAAGAUUUACGAUAUGACCUACUACAUGGCAGGUCCUCGAAUUCCUCGCUUCCCCAAGGGCAAGAACGAAUCCACCAGUGAUAUCAAUACCGACUUCAUGAGUCCUUUAAUCACUAGUCUUAUUCAGGAGAAAUCGGGUUCGGAUGUUUCGAAAUACUGGCAUGAUCUUCCUUUCACCACUGAAAUGCGGAACCGGAUGCAAUUGUGCAUGGACAACUUGUUCUUUGUCGGGCAUCUCGAUACUCGAAACUCGCCGAAGUGUCAAUUUGCGCGUUAUUUCAUUCUGGCCAUCUCAAUUCUGAUUUGUUCGGUCAUUGUCUUCAAGUUCCUUGCUGCCUUGCAGUUUGGAAAGAAGAAUCUGCCCGAGAACUUGGAUAAAUUCAUCAUUUGUCAAGUGCCGGCGUACACCGAAGACGAGGAUUCACUUCGUCGUGCUAUCGAUUCCAUGGCCCGUAUGCGGUACGAUGACAAACGUAAACUGCUGCUUGUCAUCUGUGACGGCAUGAUUAUCGGUCAAGGCAACGACAGGCCUACUCCUCGAAUUGUUUUGGAUAUCUUGGGUGUCCCGGAAACCCUGGAUCCAGAGCCUCUCAGCUUUGAGAGUCUGGGUGAGGGUAUGAGACAGCACAAUAUGGGUAAGGUUUAUUCUGGCCUCUAUGAAGUCCAGGGCCAUAUUGUUCCUUUCCUGGUUGUCGUCAAGGUUGGCAAACCCUCCGAAGUUUCUCGCCCCGGUAACCGCGGUAAGCGUGAUUCCCAGAUGGUGCUCAUGCGAUUCCUGAACCGGGUUCACUACAACCUACCCAUGUCUCCCAUGGAGCUCGAGAUGCAUCACCAGAUCCGGAACAUCAUUGGAGUCAAUCCAACGUUCUACGAGUUUAUCCUGCAAGUCGACGCUGAUACGGUCGUGGCACCUGAUGCUGGUACCCGCUUUGUUUCAUCUUUCUUAUCUGAUACUCGCCUCAUCGGUGUUUGUGGAGAGACUUCCCUGUCCAAUGCCAAAACGUCCAUGAUUACCAUGAUUCAGGUUUAUGAGUACUAUAUUUCCCAUAACCUGACCAAGGCAUUCGAAAGUCUGUUCGGGUCAGUGACUUGUUUGCCCGGUUGUUUUACCAUGUACCGCGUUCGCUCAUCAGAGACUGGCAAACCAUUGUUCGUCAGCAAGGAAGUAGUGGAGGCUUACUCGGAGAUUCGUGUCGACACCCUCCACAUGAAGAACCUGCUUCACCUAGGUGAGGAUCGAUACCUGACCACGUUGCUUUUGAAACAUCACCCGAAGUUCAAAACGAAGUACAUCUUCCGUGCCCAUGCUUGGACUGUGGCUCCGGAGAGCUUUGCUGUCUUCUUGUCUCAGCGUCGCCGAUGGAUCAACUCGACUGUCCACAACCUGAUUGAGCUGAUUCCAUUGCAACAGCUUUGUGGUUUCUGCUGUUUCAGUAUGCGAUUCAUUGUCUUUGUUGAUCUCCUGAGUACCAUUAUCCAACCCGUCACCGUCGCCUACAUCGUGUAUCUGAUUGUCUGGAUGGUCACGGACACAUCAGUGAUCCCAUGGACAUCGUUUGUUCUCCUGGGUGUCAUCUAUGGUCUACAAGCUUUCAUUUUCAUCAUCCGACGUAAAUGGGAGAUGAUCGGAUGGAUGUUAAUCUACAUGCUCGCCAUCCCCGUCUUCACCCUUGCUCUGCCCCUGUACUCAUUCUGGAACAUGGAUGACUUCAGUUGGGGUAACACACGUGUCAUCACAGGAGAGAAGGGCAACAAGCUUAUCGUCUCCGACGAAGGCAAAUUCGAUCCCGAUUCUAUCCCCAAGAAACGGUGGGAAGAUUACCAAGUCGAAUUGUGGGAGGCGCAGACCUCACGCGACGACCACUCCGAAAUCUCGGGUAUCUCUUACGGCACAAGGGCCCACGCCUUCCCGGCCCCUCAUUCCGAAUAUGGCUUCCCUGGUUCUCGUCCUGCUUCCCAGCUAGAUCUGCCGCUGCUUAAUUCGGGCUCGCGUCUUUCCGUCGCGCCUUCUGAGAUGCUCAGCCGUCAUCUGGACUCGGACAUUAGUAUGGAGGAUAUGAGCCACCUGCCUAGUGAUGAUGCCCUCUUGACUGAGAUCCGGGAGAUUCUGCGCACAGCCGACCUGAUGAGCGUCACAAAGAAGAGCAUCAAGCAGGAGCUUGAACGACGAUUUGGUGUCAACCUGGACCUCAAACGGCCGUACAUCAACUCUGCUACCGAAGCCGUUCUUUCAGGUCUUCUAUAA